CUAGCAAGUUAAUUAAAAUGUAAACUUUUUAAACUUAGCCAAACAUCCUCUUACGCUCUACAGGGAGUUGGAGAUGGAAGUGCAAGACGAAUCAGACCUCGAAACCUUCCUAAAAUGGGCGGCUGCUCUCGGUGUAUCGGACUCUCCUAUUAAGAAAUCAGAAGUUCCCACCUUUCCACCUUCUUCUUGUCUGCGUCACUCUCUAUCCGUCUCUCAUUUCCCUGACGCCGGCGGGAGAGGAUUAGCGGCGGUACGUGAUGUUAUGAAAGGCGAGUUAGUUUUGAGAGUUCCGAAGGAGGCUUUGAUGACGAGUGAGAGUCUGAGAAGCAAAGAUCAGAAACUCUCGGCUGCUUUAUGUAAAUACCAAAAACUAUCAUCUAACCAGGUACCUUUUCUUUUAGAAAUUUCUAUGCUCUCAAUUUAUUGGGUAUUUUUUAAUCGCAAAGUUUAUUUUGAUGAGUUUAACCAAUCAGACAACAAACUUUCUAGUUUUGGUCAAUUGGAGAUAGAAGCUUUACAGAUGGAUGAUGCGAUAUGGACUGCUGAAAGAGCAGUUGAGAAGGAUAAAAUGGACUGGAGAGAAGCUACUGCACUUAUGGGUGAACUUAAUCUCAAGCCUCAACUCAUGACUUUUAAGGCAUGGCUCUGGGCUUCUGCAACUAUAUCCUCACGCACAAUGCACAUACCAUGGGAUAGUGCAGGGUGUUUAUGCCCUGUGGGAGACUUCUUUAAUUAUGCUGCGCCUGCAGAAGAACCAUAUCAUUCAGAAAAUAAACCACAUCAAAAAUUGUUUCCCUUGCAUGAUACCUCCCCUGGAAAAGUGCAAAAUGCAGGGAAAUCAGUAGAAGAACCGUUUUAUGCCCAUGAGCAGAGGUUAAUUGAUGCUUGCUACGAGGAAGAAAUUGCUGCUUAUUGCUUCUAUGCUAGAAGAAACUACAGAAAAGGGGAUCAGGUUCUUCUAAGCUAUGGUACAUACACAAAUUUGGAGCUUCUUGAACACUACGGGUUUCUUCUGCAUGAAAACCCGAAUGACAAAGCUUUUAUUCCUUUAGAACCCAACAUGAACUCCCUUUGUUCGUGGCCGAAAGAAUCACUGUACAUUCACCAAGACGGGAAGCCAUCUUUUGCCCUACUCGCCACAAUCCGGUUGUGGGCAACUCCUGUAACUUACCGGAGAUCAGUUGGACACAUUGCAUAUUCAGGCCAUCAAAUUUCAGCAGAAAAUGAGGUCACUGUAUUGGAGUGGAUAGUGAAGAACUGUCGAGCAUUGCUCGGGAAUUGUUCGAGCUCAAUCGAAGAAGAUGAGUUGUUGCUGAACACCAUUCACAAAAUUCAAGAUUAUAAUCCGUUGAUAGAUUUUGGGGACGUCUCCCGUGCAUGUAUUAUUGAGUUUAGUGCUUUCUUAGAGAUGAAUGAUAGAAAACUACCUAGUCAAGUACAGAUAUGUAGAAAGGCAAGGUCAAUUCAUAGAUGGAAGUUAGCAGUUGAGUGGAGAUUAAGUUACAAGAGAAUUCUAUGUGAAUGUAUAUCUCAUUGUAACGAAAGAUUAGAGGAUCUAUUUCUUAAUGUCAGUUAACCAAAGUAUUUCUCAAUGUCAGUUAACCAAAGGAAUUCUGAUUCGAUUUAAA